UUCAAGAUUGGGCUUUCGGGGGCCCACAUCAAAAGUUCUCCUUUGUUAUUCCGUUAGAUAUGAUUCAAUUUCAGGGGGUUUUAGCUGGGUUUUUCAGCAAUUUUCUUUUCGAAUUCUGGAAUCAUCUCCCGGCGUCUAUGAAGAGGCUUUCAGCUUCGAACUUCAACUCACUCACCCGGAUUGUGAGCAUCGUUGCCGGCGGGUCUGGUUUGUCGUAUUUGUACUCCUCUGACAAUGAAGUGAGCAUAGGAGUGUCUGUUCCUGUACCAUGGCGUGAAUCGAUUUCUCUGCCGUGGAAAAUUGCUGAAAGAAUGCCUAAUUGCCUUUCAUCUUCCUCGCCAGUGAACUCCGAAUUGGGUCCAUUUCAAUUAUUUUCUUUGAGUGCUGGUUCUAUUCCAUCAUCGGAAUCUUCUGGGGCAUCGGAUGGUUGCCAUAAUGAACAUUCUUGUGGAUGCUUUGGUAGAGAUACGUUUGCCAAAGCAGCUGCAAAGGUGGGACCUGCUGUUGUUAAUAUCUCCCUUCAUCAGGGUAUGUAUGGGGGGGUCUUUGGUGGGAAGAGCAUAGGCUCUGGAACUAUUAUUGACAAGGAUGGUACUAUUUUAACGUGUGCUCAUGCGGUGGUCAAUGUACAGGGAAGGAGUAUUUCAUCCAAAGGAAAGGUUGAUGUUACUUUACAAGAUGGUAGGACAUUUGAGGGUACUGUGUUGAAUGCUGAUAUACAUUCCGAUAUUGCUAUAGUAAAAAUUGAUUCCAAAACCCCACUCCCAACUGCAAAAAUCGGCUCUUCAAGUAGGCUUCAACCUGGAGAUUGGGUGCUAGCUGUGGGCUGUCCACUCUCACUUCAGAAUACUGUAACUGCUGGCAUUGUGAGUUCAAUAGACCGUAAGAGCAGUGAUUUGGGUCUUGGUGGAAUAAGGAGAGAGUAUUUGCAGACGGAUUGUGCAAUUAAUCCAGGAAAUUCUGGGGGGCCUCUUGUCAAUGUUGAUGGAGAAGUUGUUGGUAUGAAUAUUAUGAAAGUCCUUGAUGCUGAUGGAUUAAGUUUUGCUGUACCAAUUGAUUCAGUCAACAAAAUCAUUGAGCAUUUCAAAAAAAGUGGGAGAGUUGUUCGACCUUGGCUUGGUUUGAAAAUGCUUGAACUUAAUGACAUGGUUGUUGCUCAGCUUAAAGAAAGAGAUGCAGCUUUUCCGGAUGUCAAUAAAGGUGUUCUUGUAGUAAUGAUAACUCCUGGAUCACCUGCUGAUCGUGCUGGGUUCCAUCCUGGUGAUAUUGUAGUUGAGUUUGAUGGGAAAUCUGUUGAAAGCGUUAAACAGGUGGUUGACAUAUUGGGAGACAAACUUGGGGAACCCUUGAAGGUGGUCGUUAAAAGAGCCAAAAAUAAUUUAGUGACUCUAACUGUGAUCCCUGAGGAGUCCAAUCCGGACAUAUGAUAACAUCCAACACCAACCCCUCUUUUUUGUUUUUUGUUUUUUUUACCUAAUACUGAAUAGAAUAGGUACUUUCUUUCUUGUACCUUUCAGGAGGAGUAACAAAUCAGCUUGCCAAGAAAAGAAGCAAGCUUUAAAGUUGCAGGGUCUAUAAUUUUUGCCUUUUAAAACUGUAGAUUCAUACCAACUAGUUCAGCUUAAAAUCACAUGUUGCACACAAAUAAAUAUGAACUUCUAUAACAAUUUUUUGUUUUUUUUUUGCUUC